CGGCCACUCCAGCCGGCCUGGGAAAAUGGCGUCGGGUGGAGGUGGGGACUCCACCACACCAGUUGGAGCCUCAGAGGGUCGGAAGAGAUUCAGCGAAAUAUUUCGGGAUUUGGACGCCUUGGAGAUAAACAUUGGGAAUGAGACAGUUGAAAUGCUCCUGGGUGACACUUCAUUGUCAGACUCCAAUCCCCAGCAUGACGAAGAAGAACCUCUGAUUAGUAACCCUUUGUUGCUAAGCCGGGCUUCCUAUGAAAAAGAUGGGGCUGUUGUGUCCGCUGAAGAAGCUGAUGAAGUUCUGAUCCACAGUGAGGGGGGAGUGGAGUCUGCUCUCAAUUAUGCAAAGCGUUGGUGCAAAUAUGUGAGAGAAUUGCUGGGGUAUAUGGAGAAGAGACUUGGCUAUGAAAGUGAAUUUGCAAAAAACGCCAUCAGAUUGUCUGAGUCAGCAAGAUGCAACAUCAGCCAACAGCCGUGCAUGCCUCUUCAAGAUGUCUACCUAUUACUCAUGGAUCAUGAGACCCACAUGGCAAAUUCAGCUACCAACACAGUGGCCCAUCUGCAGAUGAAGAAGUAUUACCAGCCAUUGUCGGCAAAGAAGACAGAGAUUGAGAAGUGGAGAAAAGAAUUCCGGGAGCAGUGGCAGCGAGAACAGAAAAGAAUGACAGAUGCCCUGUCCUCGCUACGCAAGUCUCGGCAGCUGUACAUACAGCGCUGUGAGGAGUUGGAGAAAGCAAAACAGCUAAGUGCCAAGGUGGAGGAAGAGCAAACCAUGACCACCCAUCCUGGGAGUGCCCACAAACAGCUGGAGAGGCGAAGGAGGUUCAGAGAAGAGGCACAAACAAAGGCUCUGGAAGCUGAGGCCGCAUACCGUUCUUGCGUAUCAGAGGCUAACUUGCGAUGUCAGCAGCAGGAGAUGGUCAGGAUGAGAAUCAUAUCACAUAUCCGAAAACUGAUUCACCAGGGAGACCAGGUGCUAAAGGAGGUAACAUUAAACCUCCUGAGAAUGAAAAGGACUCAGUGCGAGUCUUUCCCCUCUGGAUACGAGAACCUACUGGAAACGUGUGACCCUUACGAGGCUGGAGACCGAUACUUGCAGUUUAUCUUAACUUUGCCAAGGAAGCACACAGAGACUGAAAAAUACAUUUUCCAGGAGUACGUUCCCACAGGACAGAGGUCAUCACCUGGUGGUCGACGAAAGAAUGCAGUCCAGCUUGUCAGAGUCUCUUCUUCACUGUCUGAUCUGCAUCUGAAGCCAGAAGACCAAGCAGCAAAGCUGUCUCCUGGUGAAAGAGGAUCUUGGGGAAGCAAGUACUUCAAUAGCGACUCUGACACAAUGGGUGGUGGCAGUGAGGUCAGGACUCAGGAAUCUCCAUCAGACAGCCCAGGUCAUGAUGCCAGAAAAGUAAUUAAGGCUUCAUCCACAGGUACUGUGUCCUCUGAUGAUCUGGACGAGAGAGAUUCCAAUCAGACAGAUGAUGUCGACUCCACAGAUGCUACAUCUGAGAAUGGCGUGCCACCUCAAAUUCCAGACAAAGCAGCAUAUUUGACUCCAGCUGCUCAAAGUCAUCGUCUUCGGCGUACAAGGGUUCCUUCUAAAUGCAAGGAGUGUGAAGGCUUCAUGGUAUCUGGUGUGGAGUGUGAAGAGUGUUACUUGACCUGUCACAGGAAGUGCCUUGAGAGCCUGAUAAUCAAGUGUGGUCAUAAGAAACUUCCAUCCAAAGUACCGCUAUUUGGCAUGGACUUUUCUCAAUUCCCACGAUAUUUUCCUGAAGAGGUCCCAUUCAUCAUUGUUAAGUGUACUUCAGAAAUUGAGCUACGCGCCUUGGGAAAGCAGGGGCUUUACCGUGUAAGCGGGGCCAAGGCCCGCGUGGAGAAACUUUUGCAGGCAUUUGAGAAUGGUCGAGACCUGGUGGAUCUUUCAGGACAUUCACCACAUGAUAUCACCAGUUCCCUCAAACAAUUUCUUAAACAGCUCCCUGAUUCAGUGGUCCCUUAUCAACUCUACAAGGAGUUUAUAGAGUUUUCACGAGAGCUCCAAGACGACAAAAAGGGGACUGAAGAAAGCCAUGAUCAUAUACAGCGCAUGAAGGACAUUCUCUGCCGCCUCCCAGCCACUAACUAUAACACACUUCGCCAUCUUACAGCUCACCUGUACAGGGUUUCCCAGAGAUAUGACGAGAACAUGAUGAACCCUAAUAAUCUGGGGAUUAUAUUUGGCCCAACACUGAUUCGUCCAUCUCCUGGGCAAGAUGUGACCAUGACCUGUCUAAUAGAUUCUGGCUACCAGGCUCAGGCGGUGGAGUUCCUCAUAAACAACUAUGAGAAAAUCUUUGGGAUGGAUGACCUUCCUUCAUGCAGGCACCAACAGUCAGGGGAGGAGCAGCCCGAGGCAGAAAUGAGUGGAUCAGAAGCAGCACAUGGAUCGCUUGCUAGUGAGCUGUGUAUGAAGAAAGGUCACCCAUCUGCUGGGAGUUCAGAAACUGAUGGAAGGGAUCAUGAUGGAUUUAAUCAGUUGGCGCAAGAGGAACCAGGGUUUAAAAAUGAAAUGUAUUCCAGAGAUCACUUUAGCCGUUUACCGGUUAGAAGUGGACGAGCAGAACAACGCAACAGUCAAGAACUAAGAUCAGAUGAGAUCAUUGAUGAAUAGCCAUUGACAAUAAGGAGAGAUGAGGAGCGGUAUCUCCUCUAAACGCAUCACUGUGAUGGGUACAGGCAACAGACAUCAAACGGUAGAGAAGAAAAGAGUCUAGGAGAGGGGCAACGGUAAAAUGGAUGCUUAGGUGUUUCAGUACAGUUGUAUAUAUGAGUAAUGCCUUAUGAGGCAUGGUGAGGUAGAGGAAGACUACAAGGAAUAGGCUCCAGUAUACAGGAAGGGCUAUGAGGAGGAUGCGAAUCUACAACAACAAGAUGAAGCCAGUGAAUAAGACUACAUGGGGACCUUUUAUGAAACCCAAUUAAUAUAAGAAAUAAUGGACUGAAAGACUCAUAGCGCAUGCUCUCCUCGGCUGGAGCUCUUAAGGUUUGUAUGCCUACUGCACUUAUUGUAACUUUCUGUAUAUAUUUUCCUCUUUAUAAAGCAGUGGAUAAUAUGUUUGCCACUUAUUGUCAAUUAAAAUACAUUU